CGGAGGCCCAGGAAGCCGAGACCCAGAAAGAGAAGCAAUGGAGGAGCACUUCGCCGAAUAUGGACGGGGCCUGUGUACCUACCGCACCAGCAAGGCCCAAGAGCUUGUCUUGGCAGGCAUUCCAGACAGCCUCAGGGGGGAGCUCUGGAUGCUGUACUCAGGGGCCAUCCAUGAGCUGGAGACCCACCCAGGCUACUACCGGCGAGCAGUGUCCGAGAGCAUGGGCAAGCGCAACGUGACCAGCGAUGAGAUCGAGCGCGACCUACACCGCUCGCUGCCCGAGCACCCGGCCUUCCAGAGCCCCCAAGGCAUCAACGCCCUGCGGAGGCUUCUCAACGCCUAUGCAUGGCGCAACCCAGCCAUUGGGUACUGCCAGGCGAUGAACAUCGUGGCCUCAGUGCUGCUGCUGUAUGCGUCGGAGGAGGAGGCCUUCUGGCUCCUGGUGGCCCUGUGUGAGCGGCUACUCCCCGACUACUACAACACCAAGGUGGUUGGUGCCCUUAUCGACCAGGGUGUACUGGAGGAUCUAGCAAGGGACCACAUUCCGGAGCUGUACACCAAGCUGGACUCGCUGGGCGUGCUGUCCAUGAUCUCACUCUCCUGGUUCCUCACCAUCUUCCUCAGCGUGAUCCCGUUUGAGUCAGCUGUCAACAUUGUUGACUGCUUUUUCUAUGAUGGUGCCAAGGUGGUGUUCCAAAUGGCGCUUGCCGUGCUCGAGGCCAACCAGGAGCGGCUGCUGAGCUGCAAAGACGACGGCGAGGCCAUGAUGGUUCUCUGCAGCUACCUCGAGAAUGUGCACAACCCGCAGGCGGGCAUCUGCUCUCGGUCAGCGUCUCAACCUGCAACAGAAUCCAAGGCAACCGUGGAUAUUUCGACUCUAGUCUACGACUCGUACAGCAAGUACGGCUUCCUCACAUCGAGCAUGAUAGAGAAGCUUCGCCUCAAGCACAGGCUCAGUGUUGUCCAGGGUCUGCAAGACGCCAGUGUGAAGAACGUGCUGAGGAGCCUGAGCCUGGACCCCCGCAUCUCGGCACUCCUGACGCAGGAUGAGCUCAGCGAUCUGGUGGCACUCAUCAGGGAGCAGCAACUGAGCCAGCACAGGGGGUACGGGACCGCCAGGCGUGGCUCCGCCCAACGUCGACACUGGCGCCCCCUAUGGCGAGCAGCUGUUCCACCUGGAUAUGGACCAGUUCCCAGCUUCCUGGGUGCCAUGGUACAGCAAAGCACGGCUCUCAAGAUUGGGGGCUACAAUUUCGACACCGUCUACUACAGUUUUGGUUUCGCACUCAACUCUAGCACACAUGUCAUAUUUUAUGGUAAAUUUGUCAAAUCGUACCAGUGGGCAGUGGCACCCUGGGGCAAUGAUAGUUGGAUGAAAUGGUGCAUCAGGGCGCCCUAA